UAAUGUCUAACCAUUUCCCUUAAGAAAGUUAUGAUAUUUUUGAUGUUUAAACAGCUUUAGAAUACUUACCAGAUGAAACAAUGGUAAAAGGAGCUAUAACCUUAUUUUUAACAUAUUUUUAAGAUGGAGAGGGAUUUGAUGAAUUAAUAAAUUUAUAUGAAAAAGGAGGUUGGUAGUUAGUUGGAACACCAGCUUAUUUAAAAUUUGAAUAAUUGGCUCAUUCAAUAAAAGGAAGUUGUAGAUAUUUGGCUCUUCAUAGACUUGAGAAAAAACUAGAAUUAUUACAAUUUUUUAUUAGAGAUGGUAAAGAAAUAUAAGUGGCCUCAAUUUUAAAUGAAGUUCUAGAGCAAUGUCCUUAUGCUUAAAGAGCUGUUCUAAAAUAUAUGGAAAUGCCAGAGGAAAAAGUAAGACAUUAUAAAUUUGUUUCACCAUUUUAUGAUGUCUAUGGUAAUGUCCAUAUAUGUCAUAAACUAAAUUACACUUUUCAAAAAUAGAAAAACAAGAUGUCAGCUAUUCAUCAUAAAUAACCUUAUUAAUAACAAAUCAUAAAUUGCACUGAUUAAGAUUAAUGCAAAAUAUUUUGA